AUUCCUAUUAGGAUUUCUCUUUCCUCCCCAUAAUAUAAAGCAAGUGAAACAUUCUGUAAACAACGAUCGUUGUUAAGAAUUAAUUCCAUACGCUUUUCCCUGUCUUCCAGUUUUGCAUAUUUCAGAUGGAACACACAUGCAAGGGAGCAGUAUCAUUUAAGGAUGUGAUGGUAGGAUUUACCCCGGAGGAGUGGCAGCACCUGGAUUCCAGUCAGCGGUCUCUGUAUAGAGAUGUGAUGCUGGAGAACUACAGCCACCUUGUCUCAGUGGGGUUUUGUGUUUACAAACCAGAAGUGAUCCUCAGGUUGGAGCAGGGAGAAGAGCCGUGGACACUGGAGGAAGAAUUCUCCGACCAGACCCUCCCAGAAAUUUGGAAGGCUGAUCAACUAAAUGGAGGAAGCCAGGAAAGCCAGUUGAAACAUAUUUGGGAAGGUGCAAUCCUCAGCAACAAAACAUUGACUAAGGAACAAAGUAGUGUAACAGAAAAACCAUUGAACUUGGGUGUGAAUAAUGUUCCUUCUAAAAGAAUACUUUGUGAACAUAACUCAGGCGGAAUGAAUUUUAGUAACAGUUCAGAACUGGUUAUCAGUAAGAAAAACUAUUUAGGAAAAAAGCCCGAGGAACUUAAUGCCCGUGGAAAAUGUCUACUCAAAAUUGAGCAAGAAAAAACCCAAGCUAAACAGAAAAGUGAGCCUUUCAAAAGUGGGGAAACUAACAACCAUCAUGAAGACCCAGCUCAACAUGAGAAGAUUCAAACUUUUCAACACAGGAUACCUCAGGAAACUUGCCUUGAAGAGGAAAUAGCCAAUACACACAGGAGGGAGAUUACAGAAGAAAAUGAUUGUGAAUUACAACAAUGUCAGGAAACUUCGUGUGAUAAUUCAUGCGUGUUGCUGCAUCAAGUACUCCCUUUAAAGGAAAAUCACUGUGAACUAAGAAACUGUCAGAAAUCCUUAGGUUCAAAGUCUAACCCAUUGAAACAAGGGACACAAAUGAGACACUAUGAAUAUAAUGAAAGUGGGAAUACUUUCAGGAAGAAGUUGUCUUUCUCACAACUUCGAAGACUUCGUAAAGGAGAGAAACACUUUGAGUGUAACGAAUGCGGGAAAGCUUUCUGGGAGAAGUCCCACCUUACUCGACAUCAGAGAAUGCACACAGGAGAGAAACCUUUUCAGUGUACUGAAUGUGGAAGAGCUUUCUGGGAGAAGUCAAACCUCACUAAACAUGUGAGAUCACACACAGGGGAGAAACCUUUCAAGUGCAACGAAUGUGGGAAAGCCUUUGGCCACAGGUCAGCCCUCACAUUACACCAAAGAACACAUACUGGGGAGAAACCCUAUGAGUGUAAUGUAUGUGGGAAGACGUUUUAUCAGAAGUCGGACCUUACCAAACAUCAGAGAACACACACAGGACUCAAGCCCUAUGAAUGCUAUGAUUGUGGGAAAUCCUUCUGUAUGAAUUCACACCUUAUGGUACAUCAGAGAACUCACACAGGUGAGAAACCUUUUGAAUGUCCAGAGUGUGGGAAAUCCUUUUGUCAAAAGUCACAUCUUACACAGCAUCAGAGAACUCACAUAGGGGAUAAACCUUAUGGAUGUGAUGCUUGUGGGAAAACAUUCUACCACAAGUCAGUACUCACUCGCCAUCAAAUAAUUCAUACGGGAUUGAAACCUUAUGAAUGUUUUGAAUGUGGGAAAACCUUCUGCCUGAAGUCAGACUUGACAGUACAUCAGAGAAUUCACACAGGUGAGAAACCCUUUGCAUGUCCUGAAUGUGGGAAAUUCUUCAGUCAUAAGUCAACCCUCUCUCAACAUUAUAGGACACAUACAGGAGAGAAACCUUAUGAAUGUCAUGAAUGUGGAAAAAUCUUUUACAAUAAAUCAUACCUAACUAAACAUAAUAGAACCCAUACAGGGGAGAAACCCUACGAAUGCAGUGAAUGUGGGAAAACCUUUUGCCAGAAGUCACAGCUCACUCAGCAUCAGAGAACUCACACAGAGGAAAAACCUUAUGAAUGUAAUGAAUGUGGAAAAGCUUUUUGCCAUAAGUCAGCUCUAAUUGUACAUCAGAGAACGCACACACAAGAGAAACCCUAUAAAUGUAAUGACUGUGGAAAAUCUUUCUGUGUCAAGUCAGGGCUUAUUUUACAUCAGAGAAAACACACAGGGGAGAAACCCUAUGAAUGCGGUGUGUGUGGGAAAUCAUUUAGUCACAAAUCAUCCCUCACAGUGCAUCACAGGGCUCACACAGGAGAGAAAUCUUGUCAGUGUAACGAAUGUGGGAAGGUCUUUUACCGUAAGUCAGACCUUGCUAAACAUCGGAGAUCACAUACAGGGGAGAAGCCCUAUGAGUGUGACAUAUGUAGAAAAACUUUCUCUCAGAAAUCAAAUCUCAUUGUACAUCAGAGAACACACGCAGGAGAAAAAUCCUGUGAGUGAGAUUGAUGUUAGAAAUGGUGUAACCUCCACUUCAUGACAUAGUAUUCACCUACUAACAGAAGUUCUAUUAUGAUCUUGAAUGUUCACAAACUUUUAUCUAAAGGCUGGCAUUAUUCAACAACAUUGAUAGGAGAUUAACUCAUUUGCAGUUGUUAAGUGACAUCCCAGUACUGGCAUUGGCUCUUAGAGAUUACUGGCAUUUGUGAAGGGUUUCAGCAAAAGCUGCAAAUUAGUUUCAGUAGUAAUAUGGGGACAAAGGGGAAAUUGUAAGAGAUACAAAUUGAAGAUUUUUCUUAGAAGUACUAAAAUAUUACAAGUUUUAUGAUAUGAUUGUUUUGAAAUCAUUGGAGAUUAUACAUGUACAUUUGGAACCAUGAAGCUUUAGAAACUUAAAACUAUUUAAUCACGAGAAGGUGCAGUAAGGCUGUGGAGACCUCAUGUGCCUGUCAUCAAGUUAUUUGUGAUGAUAAACUCUUACAUGACCGUCAUAUAUUAAGAAAUUGAUGAUAACUAGAUAAGAGUUUAAUUCAAAAUUUACUGUUUUAACUAUUCACUACAAUUACUAGAUGUUGCCACUUCCUAAUUUUAGUAUCCAUUAGCACAAUUAAGGUUACAGAAAAAGGAAGCCUUUAAUCUAUAGCACAUCUGUGUUAUGCAGCAAUGAUGAUUUAUUUAUUUAAAAAAUUACUUACUUUAAGAUUUACACAUAGAGAGAAAGAGGCAAAGUUAUUCCAUACUCUGGUUCACUCCCCAAAUGGCCAGAACAGCUAGAGCUGGAUCAGACCAAAGCUCGGACCCUGGAGUUUCUUCAGAAUCUCUUGCCUAGGUACUUGGCACCCAAGUACUUGGACCUUCUGCCACUGGUUUCUUGGACACAUUAGCAGAGAGCUGGAUUGAAAGUGGAGCAACUAACACUUAAAUAGGUGUGAUAUGGGAUGGCAGCAUUGCAGCUUGCAGCGUUACCUGCUGCUCCACAAUGCUGGCUCUGGAAUCAAGAUUCAACUUUGAGAAGUCCCCUUGUGUUAAUCAUGACACUCUCUCUGUUAUCCUGAAUCUGGUGGAAUAACCAAGGUUAAUGGGAUCUGAUUUAUCCAUAAAAUAUUCUGUGCAUUAGGA